AACAAAGUCCAUUUUGUAAUCAUCGAAGGUGUCUUUUUUUUGCAGAGGGAGUUACGUAACGACCGAACUUCCAAGCACCUUGUAUGAACCUGUCAACUUUGAACACGUGGGUUUGACGUUAAACAUAACCUCACUUGUUUGCUUUUUGAUUACGAAAUUCUUGCUUUAACUUUCUUUAAAAUGUCUAAAAAUAUGUUAAUUAUUGGCAUUAGCGGCGUAACUUGCGGUGGCAAGACAACUCUGGCCACUAAGCUUAAAAAAUCCAUUCCUUCCACUUUGCUAAUAUCGCAAGACACCUACUUUCUUGCAGAGGAUGAUCCAAAGCACACAUGGAUUCCGGAGUUAAAUCACAUUAAUUAUGACAUACUUUCGAGUUUAGAUAUGGAGCAAAUGUAUCGAGACACAAUUAAAGUUACGGAUCACUACAACACCAAUUUACGUAACACGCAAAUGACGAAAUCGAGUUCGCUGGGCGAUUCCGAAUUAUUACAAUACAUCAACACAAAACUGAAAGAUACUCAGACGAAAGUACUCAUCUUAGAAGGAUUUUGUAUAUUUAAUUAUAAACCUGUUUCCAAUUUAUGUUUGUUGAAGUAUUAUCUGACGUUGGACAGGGAGGAGUGCUUUGAGCGACGAAAACUUAGAAUUUAUGAUCCACCCGAUUGUCCAGGAUACUUUGAGAAAUGCGCCUGGCCGGAAUAUUUAAAUCUGAGAAGCUAUGUAGAAGAAAAUGUUGCGGAUGUAAAUUACUUUACCGCAGAUCAAAACCCAUUUCGGAAAAUUUUGGCAGACAUACAUAAUGUUUUAUGUAAUGUUAAUUAGUACAAUGUAACUGGAAUUUUUAAAACAAGCUUCAGCUUUAAUUUAUUGUUAGAUUUUUGUGGAUUUUGCUGUUGUGUUUGGUGUAUCAAAUAGGGGAUAGACAAUCAGUAUUUUACCAACUAUGUAUGCACUUUAGUUCCUUUUAUUAUAGUACUUAAGAACUUACAUCUAGAGCUUAUAAAAAUUGAAAUUGUUCACAUCAAUUUUGUCUUAAUAAAGUUGUUAAUUGUU